AUGAAACUGGGUGGCAUUCUUGGAGUUUUAGAGGAUUUGGACCAAAAGGAAGCUCAUAGGAAUAGAAGAAUCUUAAGAGUUAAAGUUACGAUUGAUUUAAAACUAGGUCAUCAACUCAAGGAUUGUGAGGUGGUUGGGGACCUCAGUGAAGAAGGGUUUGAAGAUUUGGAGGAGCAAGAUAUUUCCUUCCGUUUCUGGUUACGAGCCUCACCAUUACCUAGAAGUCAAGAAGAGCAGAAGAAGAAGGAAUCUACUUCUAGCUCCUGUUUGGAGAGUUUGUUUAACAUUUCCUCAGGACAGAGCAAAUGUGAUGCUAGAGACAAGAAUAAAGAAGGAUAUGUGGAAGUAGAACAAUGUAGGGGCACUUCAACUGGUAAUUUGCAGGUUGAGUUCCCACAAACUAUUGAAGUACCAACUGGGAUUAAAAAUGUUUUAGAGAUUGAAGUUGUUGCUGAAUCCAUCGGUGCAGUUGAUAUCUCAAAUACGGGCAAAGGUAAAGGGGGAUCUGUCAAGGGAGCUAGUGUUACGCAAAAUAAGUGGAUAAGAAGAAAAAAUAUCAGGAAAGUUAAUCUUAGUCAGAAGCAGAAGCUGGAGAUUGAUAUUGGCAACAGGCAAUCGGUCGAUGUUAUGAUAGUUGAAGAUUUUGUUGAGAGAGAUGGUAGUGGAGAAAAGCAAAUGAGUCAAGUGGGAGGGGAGGCAAUUCCUAACUCAGAACCAUAG